CCCGCGGGGCGGAGGCGGCCUGGGCCGGACGCGGGCCACGCAGCGGCGGGAGAGCGCUCGGCGGCGUCCUGGAGACCCCGGAGAGAUGGAAGCGGCGGCGGCGCCGGCCGAGGCGGCGGGGCACGAGGAGCUAGAUAUGGAUGUCAUGAGACCCUUGAUAAACGAGCAGGAUUUUGAUGGCACAUCAGACGAAGAACAUGAGCAAGAACUCCUGCCUGUUCAGAAGCACUACCAGCUUGAUGAUCAAGAGGGCAUUUCAUUUGUCCAAACUCUUAUGCAUCUUCUUAAAGGAAAUAUUGGAACUGGCCUUUUAGGACUCCCAUUGGCAAUAAAAAAUGCAGGCAUAGUGCUUGGACCAAUCAGCCUCGUAUUUAUAGGAAUUAUUUCUGUUCACUGUAUGCACAUAUUGGUACGUUGCAGUCACUUUCUAUGUCAGAGGUUUAAAAAGCCAACACUGGGUUAUAGUGACACUGUGAGCUUCGCUAUGGAAGUAAGUCCUUGGAAUUGUCUUCAGAAGCAAGCAGCAUGGGGACGGAGUGUGGUUGACUUUUUCCUGGUGAUAACCCAGCUAGGAUUCUGCAGUGUUUAUAUUGUCUUCUUGGCUGAGAAUGUGAAACAAGUUCAUGAAGGAUUCCUGGAGAGUAAAGUUUUUGUUUCCAAUAAUACUGAUUCUUCAACUCCAUGCGAGAGGAAAAGUGUUGAUUUACGGAUCUAUAUGCUUUGCUUUCUUCCAUUUAUAAUUCUUUUGGUCUUCAUUCGUGAACUAAAGAAUCUGUUUGUCCUUUCAUUCCUUGCCAACCUUUCCAUGGCCGUCAGUCUUGUGAUAAUUUACCAAUACGUUGUUAGGAAUAUGCCAGAUCCCCAUAACCUUCCAGUAGUGGCUGGUUGGAAAAAAUAUCCCCUCUUUUUUGGGACUGCUGUAUUUGCUUUUGAAGGCAUAGGGGUGGUUCUUCCACUGGAAAAUCAAAUGAAAGAAUCCAAACGGUUUCCCCAGGCGUUGAAUAUUGGCAUGGGAAUUGUAACAACCUUGUAUGUCACAUUAGCUACUCUAGGAUAUAUGUGUUUCCGUGAUGAAAUCAGGGGCAGCAUAACUUUAAAUCUUCCCCAGGAUGUAUGGUUGUAUCAGUCAGUGAAAAUUCUGUAUUCCUUCGGCAUUUUCGUGACAUAUUCAAUUCAGUUCUAUGUACCAGCAGAGAUCAUUAUCCCUGGAAUCAUAUCCAGAUUUCAUGUUAAAUGGAAACAGAUAUGUGAUUUUGGGAUAAGAGCCUUCUUGGUUAGUAUUACUUGUGCUGGAGCAAUUCUUAUUCCUCGUUUAGACAUUGUGAUUUCCUUCGUUGGUGCUGUGAGCAGCAGCACGUUGGCCCUCAUCCUACCACCUUUGGUUGAAAUUCUUACCUUUUCCAAGGACCACUACAACAUAUGGAUGAUCCUGAAAAAUAUUUCGAUAGCAUUUACUGGAGUUGUUGGCUUCCUAUUAGGUACAUAUGUAACUGUAGAAGAAAUUAUUUAUCCUACUCCCAAAGCCAUAACUGGCACUCCGCACCAGUCCUCUCUAAAUUUUAACUCAACAUGCUUAGUUUCUGGUUUAAAAUAGGAGAAGCAGAAAAUUUCAUCUGUUGGUUAAUGCCAAUUCAUAAAGCAGUUGACAUAAAAAUUAAUGAAAUGCAUUUUCAUUGUCAUUGUCACAUACAUAAAAGUAAUAUCAAACUAUUUCCUCUUGCAACAAUGUUAUAUUUUGGCAGUAAAUGAUAAUCUUUGCCAUAAUAGUGAAUUUUUUUUUUGCUGUGAAUUUUUUUUAUUAAUUCUUUAUUUUAUGUCAUUGGGGUUUAAUAGGCGUCGGGGUUUCCCUUCUCCUCCCUACCCCUCACUGUUGUGCUCUCCAGUCUUCCAGUAGGUCAAUAGAAGUAAAUUGUAAUAGAUCCCUUUUCCUAAGUAUUAGCAAUAAUUUUUUAAAAGCCUUGCUUUAGAAAUUGAAAAUAUUAAAAUAUGAAAGAUUAAGGAACAAAAAUACUUCUGUUGUUCCUUCUCUCAAUAAGAAAUACUACAACCAAGAUUUGUCUUUUUAAUCCUUCCUGCUUAUACUAUUUUGCCACUCAGUUGAGGAAAGAACAGAAUUUUAAUACCAAGAGAAUAAUGACAUGCAUGUAAAAAUCUCUCCAGGCCCUUUCAGCAAAUGUCAAAACAAGCUUCAUGUAAAUGUGAAAAAAAAAACUUGAUUAUGUUUUUGCUAGAGACAAAUACUUCUGGAAACAUAGAAGAAUUUCUGUGAACUAUAUGUAAGCAUCAGAAAGUCCAAAAAAAUCCAGCAUCAUUUUCAGACUACACAGUUAAGGUAAUUGAUCCCCAUAGCUCUAGUCAGGAGGCACUGUGCAAGUCUGGUUUAAGCAGUUUGAAUCGUAUUUUCAAGGGGUCCUAAAGAUGAUUGGUACAGCUGCGUUAUUUCUCACUGAGCAAGUGGCUGCCCAGAAAGGUGAAAGUCGAUCAACACCAAGCCUUCAGACAGGAGAAUCUUCUCACUUAAACUAGGGCUUUUCAAAAAUUUGACAUCAUGGCCAAGAGAAAGAGUAACUUCUGUUCGGUUUAAUUUUAAUGUUGGGCCUAUUUAAUUACCUUUUGAUACUUUGGAGAGUGGGCGGGGGCUAUAUGAACAGUAUAUAUGAUCUGAACAGAAAGUUGGAGAAGUGUAAGAAGCCUGAGCUGUGGUUGUAUGAAAGAAACAUGUUCUUUUAAACUGGAAGAAGGACCACUUGCUGCCAUCACUAUUGAUGGCAGAGUGUAUCCAAUAGCCGUUUGUUUCCUGUGCUUUCCUUAUUGUUUCUUUCCUUUUCUUAGGUUUGUAGGGAUUACUUUCCUUAAUAGCAGAAAAUAGGUAUCUGACAAAAGAUGGAUGAAUGGACUUUCGUUCCCUGUGGCUUUCCUUAUCACAGCCUUUUAUUGAUCUGCAUGGGCAGAAUGAAAGAACCUUAAAAGAUCUGUGCUUGGGAAAAUCAAAACAGUAAUAAUUGCUAGAUGUUGAGGCACUCCGGGCUUAUUUCAAUAACUCCAUAUUCUUCAGCCCCUAUCAUUAACCAAGUUAGGGUCUCAGUUGAGGAGGAAGAAAUUGUCAAGUUUUAAACAUUUAGGAUUGUCUGGUGAUUUUUCAAAAAAAAAUUCAUACUUUAGCACGUGAACUUUUAAAAUUAACUUGGUCAUAUUCUAAUGUGUAAUAUAUUUAAAUAUUUUAUUCAAAUCACUGCAGUUUCAAUACUCUAUUUUUAAAAUUUAAAUGUUAGCUUAGUUCAAGUAUUUUUGCUUAUAACAUUAACUGGUCAUUAAUUACUAUUCUGGAGAUAUAUCAGAAGCUUUGUUUUGGUAUAAAUCUGUAAGAAUGAAAAGUUUUUGUUAUAUGUGCAUUAGAUCUUACCAUAUUGUUUGUGAUAGUUUUGUAUCAAAUCUUUUACAUUGGGAGUUUCAUUUUACCAAAAGAAUGUGGCUGAAGUUAUAGAAAAAAUUGCACUCAGUGGAAUGAAUAUAAUCUUGAAUAUGAUAAUAAAUUAGGUGUCUGAAAAUUUUAUAUUGGUAUAAAGUGAAAUUAAAAUCCUUAUUUAAUAGAAGUGUUGGGUUUUUGUCAGCUUUGUUCAGAUUACAUUUGAAUUUGUAUAUGUGGUUUUCUUUCUAUAUAUUGUUUUAUUUGCCUUGUGAAAUUUUGCAUUGUUGGUCAUAGUUACAAGUAAUUUUUCAAUUCAGCGGAAGAACAUCAUGAAUGUCACGUCAACCAGGCUUUAUGUUAAGCAAUAAGAAUGCCGAGUAAACAUCUAAUAUUGAAAUUACUGAAUUAUCAGUGCCUAAAUAAAAGAAAAUGUUGAAUUGCAGAAAUUCUUGCUUCUUAAGACACAUGCAAAGUGCACAUGCACUUAAUUAUGGAUUUUUUAUUGAAUGUUUUAUUUGCAAAAUAACCAGUGGAUUUUUUUCUUUGAAGAUUGCAUUAGUUUUAAUAAGUCAUAAUAUUAGGAGACUUUUGAAUAAGAUACUUUGAUUAUUCCA